AUGGCAGGGACUGGGCAGGUACAACCAACAUCGCUGGAUGAGCAAUUUGACUUCAGCGCCGGCGAUUUAUCCAAACAGUUCGAGCAAUUACUUCUGACUCGACGUCUGAAUGAUCUGGAAGAGCGAGCGAGAGGACCGCGGUCCUCUCAGUCUUCAAACAGGUCUGCUGCACCUUCACCGUUCCGACAAACACAGAGCUCGUCACCUGCUCCUCAACGACACCAGCAGCAGCAAAGGCAACAGCAACCACCUACUCCUCCAGCAUAUUCCUCAUGUCGCAAUACUCCUUUAGUACCAUGCGCACCACAGGAUGCUGCGUCCCUGAAAUUUCGAAACCUCCUUCUCACACUUUCUGUUACACCUACGAAAUACGAAAACCCAGGUCUACUUGACGAAGCAUUAACACACAUACCUAUAGAUAGGAUAUACUCAGAAGCCGAGGAAGAGCACAAUAUUAUGAAAGGCAUGGCUGCGUCAAUAGGCGAAAACGUCAAGGAGGAGUGGGGUUAUCAGGAUUGUGUUAUUCGAUCAUUGCUUCGGUGGUUCAAACGAGAAUUCUUCGAGUUUGUUUGCAAUCCUGCAUGUCAAGUAUGCCGCAGUCCGACUGUCGCUCAAGGCCAGGUUUCGCCCACACAAGAAGAAAACGCAUACGGUGCCACGAGAGUCGAGCUGUACAAAUGCCCUAACCCCGCCUGUGGUGCUCACGAGCGCUUUCCUCGUUACUCAGAUGUCUGGAUAUUGAUGAAGACCCGACGUGGCCGAGCCGGCGAGUUUGCAAAUUGCUUUGGCAUGCUAUGUCGUGCUGCUGGUGCUAGGGUACGCUGGGUAUGGAACACUGAAGACUCUGUAUGGAUUGAGGUCUAUAGUCUUCACAAGCGUAGGUGGAUACAUGUCGAUCCUUGUGAGGAGCUAUGGGACACACCUCGUGUCUAUACUGAAGGCUGGAAUCGCAAGUUCGCUUACUGCAUCGCCUUCUCCAACGAAGGUGCCACCGAUGUCACACGGCGCUACGUUCGAAACCCCUCAGCACACGGUCUUCCUCGGAACCGUUGUCCAGAAGAGUGCCUCUUAUGGAUGAUGUAUGAAAUCAGGAAACUUCGAAGAGAUGGCAUGAACAAGCCCGACCAACAAAGGUUACGAGCCGAAGACGAAAGAGAAGAGCACGAGCUACAAGCAUAUGUCGCCCACGCCGUCACUAGAGACAUGUUAAACUCUAUACCUGGUUCCCGACGACAACACUCACGACCUGGCGAACAGAAAGUCGUCAAUGAGGCCCAACAGCAGGCACAGUGGCAGAAUACCCCGUUCAUACCUCAUCAACAAGACGGACGAAAUGCAAGAUGA